UGCUCCUCUCUCCCGGAAUCCCGGUCCACCACCUGCCCUGCUCGGGUGCUCUCUUUCUUCCCAUUCUCCAGCCGCCGCGGCGACGCGCAGACCUAGCACUACCAGAGAAACACCCGAGAUGGCGAUGGCUCUGCGCCGCCUCGCGGGCGUGUCCGGCUCGCCGUCGGCCUCCGCUGCCGCGGCCGCGCUGCUACUCCGGCCGGCGCUGACCCGCCCGAUCUCCACCGGCUUCCGCGAGGAGCGCGACACCUUCGGUCCCAUCCAAGUCCCCAACGACAAGCUGUGGGGCGCGCAGACGCAGAGGUCGCUGCAGAACUUCGACAUUGGCGGGGAGCGCGAGAGGAUGCCCGUGCCCAUCAUCCGCGCUUUUGGCGUGCUAAAAAAAUGCGCCGCUAAGGUGAAUAUGGAGUAUGGUCUGGAUCCAACAAUAGGGAAGGCCAUAAUGCAGGCAGCUGAGGAGGUCGCAGAGGGAAAGUUGGAUGAUCACUUCCCACUUGUUAUCUGGCAAACUGGCAGUGGCACGCAAAGCAACAUGAAUGCCAAUGAGGUAAUUGCAAAUAGGGCAGCCGAGAUCCUUGGACACAAGCGCGGUGAGAAGUUUGUGCACCCAAAUGAUCAUGUGAAUAGGUCACAAUCUUCAAAUGAUACAUUUCCCACUGUAAUGCAUAUAGCAGCGGCCGUUGAGAUAAAUUCGAGGUUUAUCCCAAGUUUGCAACAGUUGCAUGAUUCACUUCAUUCAAAAACUGUUGAGUUUAAAGACAUAAUUAAAAUUGGACGUACACAUACCCAAGAUGCCACCCCGUUGACUCUUGGCCAAGAAUUCAGUGGUUACACUACACAGGUCAAAUAUGGAAUUGACCGUAUUAAUUGUACAUUACCUCGGAUGUACCAGCUUGCUCAAGGUGGAACUGCAGUUGGAACUGGCUUGAACACUAAGAAAGGAUUUGAUGUCAAAAUAGCUGCUGCAGUGGCUGAGGAAACAAACCUACCCUUUGUGACAGCAGAGAACAAGUUUGAAGCUUUGGCAGCGCAUGACGCUUUUGUCGAGAGCAGUGGCGCGGUAAAUACAAUUUCUGCAUCUCUUAUGAAGAUAGCAAAUGACAUACGCUUGCUAGGAAGUGGUCCUCGAUGUGGUCUUGGUGAACUAAUCCUACCAGAAAAUGAGCCUGGGAGCAGCAUUAUGCCUGGAAAAGUUAAUCCAACCCAGUGCGAAGCUCUGACAAUGGUUUGUGCUCAGGUUAUGGGUAAUCAUGUUGGUGUUACAGUUGGUGGUGCAAAUGGGCAUUUUGAACUGAAUGUUUUUAAGCCAAUGAUAGCAGCCGGAUUGCUUCGAUCAUUGAGGUUGUUAGGGGAUGCAUCUGUGUCCUUCGAGAAAAAUUGUGUCAGGGGAAUUCAAGCAAACCAUAAGAGAAUUUCACAACUUUUGCAUGAGUCUCUGAUGUUGGUGACAUCUUUGAACCCUAAAAUUGGCUAUGACAAUGCUGCAGCUGUUGCUAAGAAAGCCCACAAAGAAGGAACCACGUUGAAGAAAGCUGCAUUAGACCUUGGAGUAUUAACGGAGCAAGAAUUCCAUGAACUUGUUGUCCCAGAGAAAAUGAUCGGUCCUUCUGAUUGAUAACCCCAUGUUCAUUAUGUUUCUUUAAAGCAUUCAGGUUGCCACAUCCGGAGUUCUGGUGGUUUCCUGUGAUGCCAACUUAAUGAUUCUAGUGCACCCGUAAAUAAACCAAAUAAUUUUUCAUAUGGUCAUUAGGUCCUCUCCACACUGGAGAAAUGAUUUUUGCAUGGCGGAUGGUACCUGAGAAAACAAUUGUACGCUUGUUCCAAUAGGACAAUAGGGCACUUUGAUGGAUGAGGCACCUUCCAUUCUCCUGGCAUCGGUCAAGCUUUUGUUGCCAGGUAGCUAAUGCUAUGUAAUAAGUGACAUGGCAACCAUGUCUAGAAACUAUUUGCAUUGGUCUUUGACAAGUGGAAGUAGAAAUAUACCCGAGUUCUAGUUCUUUU